AUGGCUGUCUCUUUGCCACCCGCCCUGGGACUCAGUUCCGCCCCAGAUGAAAUUCAGCACCCGCAUAUGAAAUUUUCAGAAUGGAAAUUUAAGCUCUUCAGGGUGAGAUCUUUUGAAAAGGCACCUGAAGAAGCUCAAAUAGAAAAGAAAAUUUCCUCCGAGGGGAAACCCUCUCUGGAGCAAUCUCCAGCAAUCCUGGAUGAGGCUGAUGGUCAGAAGCCAGCCCUGAGUCAACCGGCAUUAAAAGCUCACCCUACGUUUUCAAAGAAAUCCCAUGAUGAUGGGAAAGCAGGAGACAAAGCAAUCCACCAAGCCAACCUUCGCCAUCUCUGCCGUAUCUGUGGGAAUUCUUUUAAAACUCAUGGGCACAAUAGGAGCUAUCCAGUCCAUGGGCCAGUGGAUGGUAAAACCCAAGUCCUUUUACGAAAGAAGGAAAAGAGAGCCACUUCCUGGCCAGACCUCAUUGCCAAGGUUUUCCGGAUUGAUGUGAAAGCAGACGUUGACUCGAUCCACCCCACUGAAUUCUGCCACAGCUGCUGGAACAUCAUGUACAGGAAGUUUAGCAGUGCCCCGUGUGAAGUCAACUUCCCAAGGAAUGCACCCAUGGAGUGGCAUCCCCACACGCCAUCCUGUGACAUCUGCCGCGCUGCCCGCCGGGGACUCAAAAGGAAGAGCCAUCAGCCAAACGUGCAGCUCAGCAAAAAACUCAAAACCGUGGUUGACCGAGCGAGAAGAGCCCGUCGGCACAAGAAAAGAGCUCGGGCAAGGAUCAGCAGCAAGGAAGUGAUGAAGAAGAUCUCCAAGUGCAGUGACAUUCAUCUUAGUACCAAGCUUCUUGCGGUGGACUUCCCGGCACACUUUGUGAAAUCUAUCUCCUGCCAGAUUUGUGAACACAUCCUGGCUGACCCCGUGGAGACCAGCUGUAAGCACGUAUUUUGCAGGAUUUGCAUUCUCAGGUGCCUCAAAGUCAUGGGCAGCUAUUGUCCCUGUUGCCAAUAUCCCUGCUUCCCUACCGACCUGGAGAGUCCAGUGAAGUCCUUUGUGAGCAUCUUGAACUCCCUGAUGGUGAGAUGUCCAGCAAAAGAGUGCAAUGAGGAGGUCAGCUUGGAAAAAUAUAACCAUCAUGUCUCAAGCCACAAGGAGUCAAAAGAGACUUUUGUGCAUAUUAAUAAAGGGGGUCGGCCCCGCCAGCAUCUCCUGUCCUUGACGCGAAGGGCUCAGAAGCAUCGCCUGAGGGAGCUCAAGCUGCAAGUGAAGGCUUUCGCCGACAAGGAAGAAGGUGGAGAUGUGAAGUCUGUGUGUCUGACCUUGUUCCUGCUGGCACUGAGGGCGAGGAAUGAGCACAGACAAGCCGACGAGCUGGAGGCCAUCAUGCAGGGACGGGGCUCUGGCCUGCAGCCAGCUGUGUGCUUGGCCAUCCGUGUCAACACCUUCCUCAGCUGCAGUCAGUACCACAAGAUGUACAGGACUGUGAAAGCCAUCACGGGGAGGCAGAUUUUUCAGCCUUUGCACGCCCUUCGGAAUGCUGAGAAGGUCCUCCUGCCAGGCUACUACCCCUUUGAGUGGCAGCCACCUCUGAAGAACGUGUCUUCCAGCACUGACGUCGGCAUUAUUGAUGGCCUGUCUGGACUGUCCUCCUCUGUGGACGAUUACCCGGUGGACACCAUUGCCAAGCGGUUCCGCUACGACUCGGCUUUGGUGUCUGCUUUGAUGGACAUGGAAGAAGAUAUCCUGGAAGGCAUGAGAGCCCAAGACUUGGAUGACUACCUGAAUGGCCCCUUCACCGUCGUGGUGAAGGAGUCUUGUGACGGCAUGGGAGAUGUGAGUGAGAAGCAUGGGAGCGGGCCAGCAGUUCCAGAAAAGGCGGUUCGCUUUUCGUUCACAGUCAUGAAGAUUACCGUAGCGCACGGCUCAGAAAACGUGAAGGUAUUUGAGGAGGUCAAACCUAACUCUGAACUGUGUUGCAAGCCCUUGUGCCUCAUGCUGGCAGACGAGUCUGACCACGAGACGCUGACGGCCAUCUUGAGCCCUCUCAUUGCCGAGAGGGAGGCCAUGAAGGCCAGCAACUUAGUGCUGGAGAUGGGAGGCAUCCUUCGGACUUUCAAGUUCAUCUUCAGGGGCACUGGGUACGAUGAGAAGCUUGUCCGGGAAGUUGAAGGCCUCGAGGCUUCUGGCUCAGUCUACAUUUGUACCCUUUGUGAUGCCACCCGCCUGGAGGCCUCUCAAAAUCUUGUCUUCCACUCCAUAACCAGAAGCCACUCUGAGAACCUGGAGCGCUACGAAGUCUGGCGUUCCAACCCGUACCACGAGUCUGUGGAAGAACUGCGGGAUCGCGUGAAAGGAGUCUCAUCGAAACCUUUCAUUGAGACCGUCCCUUCCAUAGAUGCACUCCACUGUGACAUUGGCAAUGCGGCUGAGUUCUACAAGAUUUUCCAGCUAGAGAUAGGGGAGGUGUACAAGAAUCCCAAUGCCUCCAAAGAGGAAAGGAAAAGGUGGCAGGCUACGCUGGACAAGCAUCUCCGGAAGAAGAUGAACCUGAAGCCAAUCAUGAGGAUGAAUGGCAACUUUGCCAGGAGGCUCAUGACCAAAGAAACAGUUGAAGCAGUCUGUGAAUUAAUCCCCUCCGAGGAGAGGCAUGAAGCUCUCAGGGAGCUGAUGGACCUUUACCUGAAGAUGAAACCCGUGUGGCGAUCGACAUGUCCUGCUAAAGAGUGCCCAGAAUCCCUCUGCCAGUAUAGUUUCAAUUCACAGCGUUUUGCUGAGCUCCUCUCUACCAAGUUCAAGUAUAGAUAUGAGGGCAAAAUCACCAAUUACUUUCACAAAACCUUGGCACACGUGCCUGAAAUUAUUGAGAGAGACGGCUCCAUUGGGGCAUGGGCAAGCGAGGGAAACGAAUCUGGCAACAAACUGUUCAGGCGCUUCCGAAAAAUGAAUGCCAGACAGUCCAAGUGCUACGAGAUGGAAGAUGUCUUGAAACAUCACUGGUUGUAUACCUCCAAAUAUCUGCAGAAGUUUAUGAACGCUCAUAACGCGUAUAGAAACUCUGGGUUUACCUUAAACUCGCAGUCAGGCGUGGGGGACCCAAUAGGCCUAGAGGACUCUCUGGAAACUCAAGAUUCGAUGGAUUUUUAAGCAGGGCAGCCGCCUUUGUGUUGGUUUUGCAAAUAAGUUUUCUUCUGGGUUGCACUGAGACCUUCUCCUGGCACCCUUCACUUCUGUGUGUGGGGCUUCACCACCCGAGCAGUGGUAGAUCGGAGAGGCCAGAGGUGCCGAAUCCAUGUCAGCAAUGGAUAACUGAUGAGCUGAGUGCUUGAGCCAUUUAGGGAGUUCAGGAAAGCAACAGGAGAAAUCAGUUAUUUGGAAGCUCAAUAACUCAGAACAGGAGUAACUGCAGGGGCCCAGAGAUGAACAAAGAUGUGCGUGUGUGACUGAGUGCCGUGGAAAAUCAAAGCUAAGGUUGUCAAAGAAAUAGCCAGGGAAGUCAGGAAAGGGAUUUGUCUUGUGGUUUGCAUUCCCCACCCCCUCAAUUUAUUA